AUGGCCGACAAAUCCAACACCAACACCAACAUCGAACCUCCCACAAUGACAGCCGAAAAGUCAUCCUCAGGCUUCGUCAAGCUCUGUGCGUUCAUCGAUGCCGUAGCAAAGCUUCUGAUUGCCGGCGCUCUCAUUGGAAUACUCGUCGUCCUUCUUAAGCUUCACAACUCAAUCGACAACAACAUCAAGGGCAGAGACAGCUUCAGCGUUAGAGUCUGGCAACGCUCAGACAGCAAUCCUCUGAGGAUCGUCCCAGCCUAUGGACAAGAAUUCAACGUCAAUAUGCAGAACUCGGUCAGCAGCCCUCUGUACUUCAAGGCCGUCAAUUAG